AAUGAUAGGCUGUGAAGACAAAUCAGAGACGGGUCUUUGUCAUUGACUGAACAACACAUAGCUCAGAAUAGAAGGACAAUAUACUUCGGGAAGUAAAAUGUAAAUAUAGGCAGGGAUUGAGGUUGGGCUAUGGACUAAUCCUAAUCUAAGUUGUUGUGAUGCUUUCACAAACUGUCAUUUUACACAUGCAGUGCAUGCAAUGUUGAUGGAGGUUGAAGAGAUUUAACCGAAGGAUCGGCUGUUUUAAAGCUCUUAUUCGGUGGAUCAAAAAUCAGAUCAUAAGAAUAUGGCAGAGGAAGGAAAGCACAGCAAGAGUGAUGGUCAGAGCAACAAAAGUAGAGAUAUCAGUCCUAAAUCAGUGAUCAAUCCUCCUUUCACAAGCUUGCCAUCUUCUGCAUCAGGAAGCAUGGACCAUAGACAAUCUGAUAAGCCAUCAACACAGCUUGAAUUGCCCAUUGAAAAGAAGAAGUAUGGCACAGAGAACCCAUUUUCUGACAGCUGCAGAAGCCAUCCGGUUGAUCCGCUCUGUAAGAUUAAUCUCAGAGAGACAUCUGAGUUUGUUAAGUCUUUUCCCAUGGCGAAAGAGAAGAAUGAUAUAAAUCUUCUAAUGGGUGCUGAGAAUCUUGCAAACAGGCCUAAUACAGAAGUGAAGGGGUAUAAAAGGAGGGAAGGCCAUCGUCAGAGUGUGCCUCCCAGGUUGGAUUGUCCAGGGACACCUUCUAGGUUUGUUUUUGGAGCUGCAGAGAGUCCUCUGCCUGUGAAAUAUAUGGUGGGUGGAUUUACAAGGAGACCAUUUCCUUCGAAGUGGGAUGAUGCUGAAAAAUGGCUGAUAAAUUCAAGUUCUGCUAUUAAUUCUCCAUGCAAUAAUAGCAAUACUCCAGGCCGUCAUUGGAAGGGAAAUAAUCCCAACUCUUGUAGGUCCCCUUUUAAUGUAUAUCAGGUCAGGGAUUUGAACACAGGGAGCAACCCAUCUGGUCCUGUGAUUGAAUUGCAUGCAAAGGAAAUCAGACAAAAUCAGAUUUUCAGUCAUAAAGCUAGUGGUGGGGAUGAUAAACUGAUGGCAGGAACAGUGGAUACAAGCAAGGAGGAGAUUUAUCUUGCAGGAGCCUUAACAAUAGGUGAUGUUUCGAGCAGAGUUUCAAGUUCUGUUUUGUCCACAGAUAGGCCUGUCAGUAUGUCAUCUAGCGCUGGCUCUGCAUCGUCGGAGCAUGGGGCAUUUGCAGCUUACCCUUGUGAAACAUUUAUGAAAGAUAAAUUUGCAGAUAAAGUAGAGCCAGCUUCCAAGUAUAGAUUCCAGGAAUCUGGAUUGGAACACAGUCAUGGAAAAAGUGAAAGAAUUCCACCCAUGAAGGAUGCUGCUACUGAAGUAGGGGCAGCAGUUCAUCACAGGGACAUGGGAACAGAGACAACGCCGCUUGCAAGCUCUCGUACCUCUAGAUGUCAUACUCCUGUUAAAAAUGCUUCCCCUGUCAGGCACAAUACUCCUUCCAGUCAUUCUGGACUAGUACAUGCUUCUGGCAUUGACAUAGGGGAACUGGAAAAAUGUCAUUUUGCUAAAUUAGAGCUUCAAGGCCUGUCAUCAGGUAUCCAGUAUACUUCUAUUGAUAAAAGUAUUUCCAAUUGGAGUUCGAGGGAGGAAGAGGAAGAAGAGGUCUCAAAAAGCUUGAGGCAUUUUGACAUUGGUGACUGUAAGAGAAGCAUUCUUGAAGCUAGAGCUACAGCCUGGGAAGAAUCUGAAAGAUCCAAGGCCUAUAACAGGUACCAGAGAGAGGAAGCAAGAAUUGAAGCUUGGGUAAAUCUCCAGAGUGCCAAAGCUGAAUCUGAAUCAAGGAAACUAGAGGUGAAAAUGGAAAAGAUGAGAUCAAAUUUAGAAGAGAAACUAAUGAAGAAAAUGGCGGGAGCCCACAAAAGAGCAGAAGAAUGGAGAGCCGCAGCCAAAGCACAGCAUGCAGAGCAACUCCUGAAGACUGCAGAGCGUGCAGACAGAAUGAAGAAAGAAGGCACUUUUUCCUUGUACACUCUUCCCGCCUGCAAUGGCUGCUUCGCCUCUUGUCGUUCCUGACAACAGUAAAAAACAACUCUACUCCACCAAUCAUGCGGCCCUUUUUUCUCUUCAUCACCGAUUCAAAAUGUACAUCUUUGUUUGCAGUGCAGGAAGCAGUAAAACUUGGAUUUUUUAUUCACUAAAGCUGCAAUUAGCAUAUGAUUAUUUCGUGGAAUGGAGUAUACGUUUUGUCCACCGUCCAAGAUAUAAAAGAUUAUAUCGAGCAAGACAAGGAAUACUCUGCACACAGCUCGAUUUGUGGAGAAAACUGGAGGCUUGUACGCGUGCAUGAAUAUGAAUGAUUAUGUCCAAAUAAUAUUAAGUCCUGUUCAUAUAUUUAAUGUGUACGUGCCUCGCCACCAUACUUGGGAUACGAAUCGCAGGUCAUCUACAGCUCUAAUUGUCAUUUCAAUAAUUAGAAAAUGCCCAAAGCCAUGUGAUUCUUGGAAUCGUUUGCCCAUAAAUCAUUAUAAUGUUUUUACUUGGGCAGGACUCUUGCGAUGGAGACCACAAUUUAUAGAUUUUUAUGCGAGGAUAAAUAAUCUUGGAAUAUUUUACUAUUUUAUUUAUAGAGAAAGUACAAAUCACAGUUGUAUGAAUAA